ACAUAGAUAUUGAACAGAGCGCAUCGUGAUUUACUGUUAAGUCGUGACGCUGGAUUGCCAUGGAAACAACAUUAAGCUCCCCAUUUGAGAGAAACUGCGCGGUAGAACUUCAGUUUGUUCAGCACCACUGUGGCGGUGGACAGCGAUCAAGCAUGAGCGUGUAGGUUCGCAAGAGUACCGUGAUCUGUGCCGUAGGGUCGGAGACUGAAAUCAAACCUGUUAGAUAUCUACUUUUACCGAGUUCGUUACGCUAGUUACAUCAGGUGAGGAGAAUGGAGGUCCAGACUGGUCGAAGAUUCCACAACCUAACUCUGGAGCAAGUCCAAACUCUGGACCAGGUAUUGACGGAGGUCAUCCCCAUUCACGGGAGAGGCAACUUCCCCACCCUGGAGGUGAGACUUAAGGACAUCAUCCGUGUGGUGAAGGACCGGCUGGUGGAGAGAGAGAUCAGGGUCAGGGACAUCCGCCUCAACGGCUCCACAGCCAGUCAUGUGAUGGUGAGGGACAAUGGGAUUGGCUACCGGGAUCUGGACAUCAUAUUCGGGGUGGAGCUUCCUCGACAUGAGGACUUCCAGGUGAUCAAGGAGGUUGUUCUGGGGAGCUUACGUGACCUUCUCCCCCGAGGGGUCAACCGACGCAAGAUCACCUGCCUCACCAUGAAGGAGGCCUAUGUGCAGAAGAUGGUAAAGGUCUUCAACGACCACGACAGAUGGAGUCUUAUCUCGUUGUCCAACAACAGAGGAAAGACCAUGGGGCUCAGGUUUGUCAGCUCACUGAGACGACAGUUUGAGUUCAGCGUCGAUUCCUUCCAGAUAAUACUGGAUCGCAUGCUGGAAUCAUACUGGGAAACCGAGAGAAGAGAACAGCUGUUUGAAGGGCCGGAGCUUCAGAGGGAUCCGCCCACCAUCACAGUAGUGGCAGAAUGCAUGUUUGGGGACUUUGAGCAGGCCAUGGACCACCUUCGCUUCCGUCUCAUAGCCACCCACAGCCCGGAGGAGAUCCGCGGAGGAGGCCUGCUGAAGUACAGCGACCUGCUGGUGAGGAACUUCCGUCCGGCCAGCGAGACGGAGAUCAAGUCUCUGGAGCGCUACAUGUGCUCUCGCUUCUUCAUCGACUUCCCGGACGUCAGCGAGCAGCAGAGGAAGAUCGAGGCCUACCUGCGCUGCCAUUUCGUUGGCAACGAGGAGACGAGCAAGUACGACUUCCUGAUGACCCUGCGCCGGGUGAUCGAUGAGAGCACAGUGUGCCUGAUGGGGCACGAGAGGAGACAGACCCUAAACAUGAUCACCGUCCUGGCUCUCAGGGUGCUGGGGGAGCAGAACGUCAUCCCCAACACAGCCAACGUCACCUGCUUCUACCAGCCCGCCCCGUACAUGGCAGACCCCAUUUUCAGCAGUUACUAUAUCUCCCAGGCCCAGCCUCCUCUCCUGUACCACCCAUACCCGCUACACGUCCACAUGCAGACUGGCCUGGUCUAGCCCAAGCCUCUCGCUAAAGGAGAACAUGCAAGGUGCAUUAAGUAAGGUUAAAAUAUCUUUGACCACAGGCUCAAUGUAGAUUUUGUUAUGAAACCGGCAAGCAUGAGCACUGUUUGUGGCAUGAAUAGACCCUGCAGACGACGUGAGCUGUAGCUUACUCUUCUGAUAAAGGUAGUGUCAUCACUGUUCAGAGAGGAAAACGCUUUAGAACCUGAUAAAAUAGCUGAUUCCUCACGGUGAGCAAACUGUGAGGACAAAUGUCACUGAGGAAGAAGAACAUUCUGGAAAGGUGAUUGAGAUAUUGUGGUGGCAGGCCAGGAAGGUGUUUACAGGGGAAGUAAUGAUACGGAAAACAAAACUUAACCAAAAUCAAAAAAAAAAAAAGGAAAAUAACAUUAUCAGCAGACUAGUUUAGC